AUGGCGACAGGACUCUCAUCAAUCGCCGUAACACUCAAACCACUCAACCGCUCUUUCUGCUCCUCUAACUCUCGCAUCAAUCACCCUAUCUUCAACGCCGUUUUCCCUCCGUCUCUCCGAUUCAACGGCUUUAGACGGCGAAAGAUCCUCACCGUUUGUUUCGUCAUUGAAGAACGUGAACAGAGCUCUCCCAUGGAUGAUGACAUACCAGAAAGCACAAGCUCUCCAGAGAUCUUGGCGACGUCACGGAUUCUCAAGAAAGCGGAGAAGAAGAAGUCAGAGAGAUUCACAUAUCUAAUCGCUGCUGUGAUGUCAAGCUUUGGUAUUACUUCCAUGGCAAUUAUGGCCGUCUAUUACCGAUUCUCAUGGCAAAUGAAGGGGGGUGAAGUGCCGGUAUCAGAGAUGUUUGGUACAUUUGCUCUCUCGGUUGGUGCUGCCGUUGGGAUGGAGUUUUGGGCAAGAUGGGCUCAUAGAGCUCUUUGGCACGCUUCUUUAUGGAACAUGCAUGAGUCUCAUCACAAACCAAGAGAAGGAGCGUUUGAGUUAAACGAUGUGUUUGCUAUAGUGAACGCGGUUCCUGCGAUUGCUCUUCUGCACUAUGGAUUCUUCAACAAAGGACUUGUUCCUGGUCUCUGCUUCGGUGCCGGACUGGGAAUAACGGUGUUUGGAAUCGCCUACAUGUUCGUCCACGAUGGACUCGUGCACAAGAGAUUCCCUGUGGGUCCCAUUGCCAACGUCCCUUACCUCCGAAAGGUCGCCGCCGCUCACCAGCUACACCACACAAACAAAUUCAAGGGUGUACCAUAUGGUCUGUUUCUUGGACCCAAGGAAGUGGAAGAAAUGGGUGGAAAAGAAGAGUUGGAGAAAGAGAUAAACCUAAGAAUCAAACUAUACAACAAGGGUUCCACCUCUUAA